AUGGCUACACCAAACCCAACUGAUUCUGUUCCAACCACUCAAGGAUCUAUACUCAAUGUCAACACGUCAAACGUUGCCAAACUCACCUCCUCCAACUAUCUCAUGUGGAGCCGUCAGAUCCACGCACUUAUCGAUGGCUACGACCUCGCUGCCUUCCUCAAAGAGACCACACCAGUUCCUUGUCAGGUGAUCACCACCGAUGGUGUUAUCUCUCCCAAUCCUGUGUAUGCUGUUUACCAGCGCCAAGACAAGCUGCUCUAUAGUGCCAUCCUUGGUGCUAUCUCCCAGUCUGUUCAACCACUCCUCUCCAAAGCCACCACCUCCGCUGAGAUCUGGACAACCUUAACCGCCAUCUACGCCAAACCUAGCCGAGGACACAUCAAGCAACUCCAACAACAACUGAAAACCUGGAAAAAGGGUACAAAAACAAUAAUAGAGUACCUUCAGGGCAUUACCACUCGUGUGGAUCAACUUGCUCAUCUCGGUAAAGUUCUUGACCUUGAAGAUCAAAUUGAAUCUGCACUUGAUGGUCUGCCUGAAGAGUACAAACAGGUUGCUGAUCAGAUCGAAGGACGCGACACGCCGCCGACGUUCAUCGAACUCCAUGAGAAGCUCAUUAACCAUGAAGCCAAGCUCCUUGCUGCUCAGCCAACCCAACCAUACCCAGUGACCGCCAACGUUGCGACACACCGGUACCGUCCCCCUCAGUCACAGAAGCAGACCCAACGUAGCUGGCAACCCCCCUCCAACUCCUCUGACCAGCGUACACCACGACCGUACCUUGGUCGUUGUCAACUCUGUGGCGUUCAAGGACACAGCGCACGACGAUGCUCUCAGCUUCCGCAGCACAAUGGCCUUCCCACACCAAAAACGUGGCAACCAAGAGCAAACUUCGCUGCUGCAUCUCCAUGGCUGCUUGAUUCCGGUGCCACACACCACAUAGCCUCGGAUCUCGCAAACCUGUCCCUCCACCAACCAUACACGGGUGGUGAAGAAGUUGUUGUGGGCAAUGGAUCGGCUCUUCCCAUCUCACACACUGGUUCCACCCUCUUAACCUCCUCUACUCGACCAUUGCAUCUCAAUAAUAUUCUUUAUGUACCCUCAAUACAAAAGAAUCUUAUAUCUGUCUACAAACUAUGCAAUGCUAACCAAGUCUCGGUGCAAUUUUACCCCUCGUGGUUUCAGGUGAGGGAUCUCAGAACGGGGAUCCCAUUGUUCCAAGGAACUACCAAGAAUGAGCUGUAUGAGUGGCCUAUCCCAAAGCCUGUCGCCUCCACCUUCUUCACCUCCACAAACAACCUCAAAACCACCAUAUCGGAUUGGCAUUCAAGAUUAGGCCACCCAUCACUACCUAUUCUAAAACACAUUAUCUCUGCUUUUUCUUUACCGCUUUCAAACUCUUUGUCUCAAGUUUUUCCUUGCACGGAUUGUUGCAUCAAUAAAGCUCACAAAUUUCCUUUCACCGAAAGUACAAUAACCUCUUCUCGUCCUCUCGAAAUCUUAUUCUCCGAUGUCUGGACUUCCCCAACCCUCUCUCUUGACAAUUACAAAUAUUAUCUCAUAAUCGUAGACCAUUACUCUCGCUAUGUUUGGUUCUACCCUCUAAAACUCAAGUCCCAAGUCAAAGAAACCUUUAUCCGUUUCACAGCCCUUGUUGAAAACAAAUUCCAGCACAAAAUUGGUACCUUUUUCUCUGAUAACGGUGGCGAAUUCAUCGCUCUCCGUGAUUUCCUCAGUUCUAAAGGGAUCACCCAUCUCACUUCUCCUCCUCACACGCCUGAACACAAUGGGCUUGCAGAGCGUCGACAUCGACACAUAGUCGAAACUGGUCUCACCCUUCUCACCAAAGCAAAACUUCCAAAUUCCUAUUGGCCGUUUGCCUUUGCCACUGCUGUUUACCUAAUCAAUCGAAUGCCAACCUCCAAUCUCUCCUUUCAAUCCCCCUUCAAAAUCCUCUUCCAAACAGACCCAAAUUACUCCAAACUCAAAAUUUUCGGGUGUUUGUGCUUCCCAUGGUUAAGACCCUACACCUCCAACAAACUUGACCCUCGUUCUGUCCCGUGUGUUUUUCUUGGUUACUCUCUUACCCAAAGUGCCUACCUUUGUUGGCAACCUCACACCAAUCGCAUGUAUGUCUCUCGACAUGUACGCUUUGAGGAAUCCAUCUUCCCCUUUCAAUCGCUCCUUCAACAAAACACCACCUUUACCACUGAAAACCCCACUUCUUCCUCUCCGACUGCAACUCAUGUCCCUCUUCCGGUUACACCACUCAUCUCUGCUCACUUGGCUCCUUCAGCAUCAAUGGGAUCCUCGAGCUCCGAUUCAGCACCUACGCCACUCAUGCCGUCACCGACGACGAUGUCAUCCUCUGAUUCCCGUGAAUCUCUUUCCUCCGCUACACAAUCCUCUGCAUCAUCGCAAUCUCCGUCGCAGGCGACUCAUCCCAACAACUCUACUGAGCCUGAGCCCAACAACAACUUCAGUGGACCUUCUCCUCCAGGCCCAACUGAACACUCUACUGCAUCGGCCCAUUCGUCCUCCAACACGACAAGCCCAACUACCACUCAGCCCACCAACUCUCACUCUUCAUCGGAUUCACCCACAACCUCCGUCACCGCCUCUGACGAUGUCUUCGCUUCACCCUCUCCACCACCUCCACCACCGCUUGAAAAUGCACAUCAAAUGCAGACACGAGCCAAAAACAACAUCCGGAAACCCAAUACGCGGUAUGAUUUGGUUCCGCCGACACCAAACAUGAACAUCAUCGACAACAAAUGGAUUUUUCGAUUGAAGUAUCAACCCAAUGGCGACAUUGACAAACACAAGUCCCGUCUCGUCGCUAAAGGCUUCACACAGCAACCGGGUAUUGACUAUUUCGAAACUUUCAGUCCAGUCAUUAAAGCAACCACAAUCCGAGUUGUACUUGAUGUCGCAACUAGUCGUGAUUGGGGUCUUCGCCAACUUGACAUCAACAACGCUUUCUUACAAGAAAGUCUGGAGGAAGAGGUUUACAUGCGUCAGCCUCCUGGUUUUGUCGACCCUGACCUACCAGAUUACGUUUGCCGCCUCAAGAAGCCUAUCUACGGUCUCAAGCAAGCACCCAGAGCUUGGUAUCUUGAGUUAAAGAAUCAUCUUCUUACUCUUGGUUUCAAAAACUCAGUUGCAGAUACGGCACUCUUCGUACUGCAGAAGGGCACCACACUACUCUAUCUCCUUGUCUAUGUUGACGACAUUGUCGUCACAGGAAACGAUCCAGCUGCGAUUGAAGCAACUAUCAAGAAUCUUGCUACACGCUUCUCUCUUAAAGACAUGGGCGCUCUCUCUUACUUCCUUGGCAUUGAAGUGAUUCGCACCAAACAGGGUUUGCACCUGAAUCAGAGAAAAUACAUAUUGGAUUUGCUUCACAGAAUGCACAUGUCCGAUGCCAAACCUAUCGCAACUCCUAUGGCUACAAAUCCGAAGCUGGUCUUGUCUGGAGAAAAACACAACAAUCCCACGGAAUACAGACAGCUGGUUGGCAGCCUUCAGUACUUAGCAUUCACUCGCCCCGACAUUGCUUAUGCCGUGAACAAGCUUUCUCAGUUCAUGCACUCACCAACCACUGACCACUGGCAAGCAGCCAAAUGCGUUCUUCGCUAUCUCGCCGGCACACCAACUCAUGGUAUCUACUUCACUAAGUCGAAUUCACUCACUCUUCAUGCAUUUUCUGAUGCCGAUUGGGGUGGUGACACUGAUAACUAUAUCUCCACCAAUGGCUACAUCGUCUAUCUUGGGAAACAUGCAAUCUCUUGGUCGGCUAAGAAACAAAAGGGUGUAGCUCGUUAUCAACUGAGGCAGAGUAUCGCUCUGUUGCUAACACCGCCUCAGAACUUGCGUGGAAUGAAACACUUGGCCCGAGACAUGGUUCAAACCGGUCAGUUACGUGUGUCACAUGUCUCAACUCAUGACCAACUAGCUGAUGGUCUUACUAAACCUCUUGGUCGUGCUUGCUUCGCUCUUCUUCGUGACAAGAUCGGCGUCUCCAAGGGUCCUUGA